UGCAAUAUUUAUGUCAAUAGCAGUCUUCAUGCCGGUUGGUUAAAUAUAAAAUAUAUUAAGGAAGUAGGUGAUAACUUUCUAUCAUAGCUAAACACUAGUUAUUAUUUGUUGUAUCUUUUACUAAAGUAUAAAAAAUAUAAAUGCAACAGUUGGACGGAAAGUUAACUCGUUAUGAGAAAAUUGCAUUUCUAGGCGAAGGUCAGUUUGCCACAGUAUAUAAGGCGCGAGAUGUGCUCACCGAUCAAAUUGUCGCAGUGAAAAAGAUUAAAAUAGGAAGCAGGGAAGAGGCUCAAGAUGGUAUAAAUCGCACGGCUUUACGUGAAAUUAAGUUGCUACAUGAGCUGCAACAUGAGAAUAUUAUUGGUUUAGUAGACGUUUUUGGUCAUAAAUCAAAUGUAUCUUUAGUUUUCGAUUUUAUGGAUACCGAUUUGGAAAUUAUCAUUAAAGACCCCAAAAUUAUACUCACACAGGCGAAUAUAAAAGCUUACAUGAUUAUGACUUUGCGUGGCCUAGAGUAUUUACAUAUGAACUGGAUUCUGCAUCGAGAUUUGAAGCCAAACAAUUUAUUGGUUAAUACGGACGGUGUACUCAAAAUUGGAGAUUUCGGUCUGGCAAAAUUUUUUGGUUCACCUAAUCGCAUAUACACACAUCAAGUAGUGACAAGAUGGUACAGGGCACCCGAACUAUUAUUUGGCGCGCGCCAAUAUAGCACGGGAAUAGAUAUUUGGGCUGUAGGUUGUAUACUUGCCGAAUUGCUAUUGCGUGUCCCUUUUCUGCCAGGAGAUUCGGACCUUGACCAGCUAACGAAAAUUUUCCAAGCCCUUGGAACUCCUACUGAGGAGACCUGGCCGAAUUUGAAUAAAUUACCUGAUUAUAUGCAAUUCAAACAGUUUCCGGCAAUUCCCUUACAACAUAUCUUCACAGCUGCGCCUGAUGAUCUUAUCGUAUUGGCGGAAAAGUUAUUGGCACUUAAUCCAGUACAACGUUGCACGUGCACGGAGGCAUUAUGCAUGAAAUACUUUUCCAACAAACCGGCACCAUCUAUGGGGCACAAGCUACCAAUGCCUUCGAGCAACAAGCAGGCUGUUGAGGAAAGACCAAACCUCAAACGAAAACUCAUUGAUGCCUUAGAAGGUGGCACCGUGCCAAAGAAACUUUUUUGAUUAAGUUUACAAUAGGUUGAUAAUGAUAAUAUUUUUUAAUUACAAUUCGAAUAUGUGAAUUGUUAGUUUUAUCUGUUGUUAAUUUCUAUUAUUACUCAUAUUAAUACAUAUAUAAAGUUAAAAAGAAACACAAUUUAGUAUAUGUAAAAAUACAAUUUUCUUUAUUAAAAACAGUGGUCAGCAUCAAUGUUCAAAACUUUAGCGCCUUAUAAAUACGUUUUGAAUAGGUACAACAAUGAUAACGGAGCGCAUGCGUCUCUACAAUACUCAACGCUAAGAGUACGCUGUGUACUACACCUACAAUGAUAAAUUGCCAAUUAAAAAGCAUCUAACGCUGAAUGUGUGUAGUAUAUAUGAGUAAACCUACUAUAAGCACUACCUUACAUACGGACAUAAGUACACUUGCUAUUUUUUGUAUACGAAUCGGACGUCAUUGUACAUUGACGUGCUAAGUAAAGGGAGCGGGCAAGAUUUAAAACUACUCGUCAGAUGUUUUAGUUUUAUAUAAAAAAAGUUGUAAUUAAUCACAAUGCUUUGUAUGUUUAGGUAACAACUCACCACGGAUAAUUUCAAUUCGCUCAUUUGCUGCAAGACCGGCAUAAGUCAAAAAAAUCGAUUCUCCAGAAAACGCGUUUAAAGUUUUCAACUUACUACAACCUUAUACGGUGACUCCAACCUUACACCUCUUCUUAAGCGGAGCAUAUAAGAGGUAUUCAUAUGAAUUUUUCACUCAACAUGAAGUAUGAUAUAACGAACAAUUCUGCAGCAUUAACUCAAAAAUCACGUUUUUUGAAUUAUGCCGGUCUUGCAGCAAAUUAGCGAAUUCUCAAUGAUACAUGCAUUCCACUUUAUUUGAUUAGUAAUACUUAUUUCAAUGAAACAUUGGUCGUCUUUUUCGUGAGCAGUUAACUUAGAAGUACAAUUUUAAAAGUAAGUAUUUUGUUUAA